AUGUCAAAAAAAAAAGAAGAAAUUAAUGAGUUUCGUGAAGAAGAUAGAGUUGCAACACCUCCAACACGAAGUGGAGGGGGUGAUGAUGGAACAGAUGAUUUAAUUAAAAAUCUCAGAAAGUCAUUAUCAGAUUUAACAAAAGUUGAAAAAAUAGAAGAAGCGUAUGGAAUUACUACAUCAAAUGAAAAGACAAAAACAAAUGAAGAGGUUGAAGAAGUUGAUAUUCUUAAUGAUGAGAUAUCAUCUCCUGCUAUUCGUGUCGAAUAUGUUGAUUUUUUUGAAGACGAAAUAUUUGUUGACGAGAAAAAAAAGCCAAUUACAUUUAAAGCAAAGAUUCAUCGAAAAAGAAAAAAUGAAGAUGUUUCACAAGAAGAAGAAGAACAUAUUCACAAACGAUUAGCUGAAGAAAAUAAGUAUAUGGAUAAUAAUAAUAAUGAACAAAAAUAA